AUGGAACUAAUUCAGCGCGCAUCGCGGGACGGUCGUGAAAUUGUGCUGCGUCACCGAAAUGCCGUUGUCGUUCGCGAUCCCUUGUCGCGGCGCCUAGAGAUCCGAGGCGUCGCUUUGACAGAGUGCCCUACCUGUCAUCAGCCUCUCCGUCCAUCUUCCCCCGAUCGGCACUUUGACGCGCCAGCACCACACGAAUCCUACGUCGACCCCAACUACUUUCGCAUGCUUCAAGUAGGCCACGGAGAGGAGGAGCACCAGCAUGCACAAGACCAGCCGCCGAGCCCCGUCCGCCGCCGAGCCCAGCCUACCUUGCCCAGCGGCCCCGGAGCUCAAGACCUCGACGAUGGCGAGUUCAUUUCUGACUCGCCAGCUCCCCAUGACGGAGCACGCAUUAGGAGGGACGCAUUUAGUCCAAAUUAUUUUACCAGAUUCUUCGUUGAGGAAAGAGAGCUUGGCAGAGGUGGGAAAGGCGUUGUUCUUUUAGUCCGCCAUGAGAUCGACGGGUGCCCUCUUGGCCAUUUUGCUUGCAAACGGGUUCCCGUGGGAGAUGAUCACACCUGGCUGGAAAAGGUCUUGGUCGAGGUCGAGCUCCUUGCGAAGCUCUCGCACCCUAACCUCGUGUCCUAUCGACAUGUAUGGCUUGAGGAUGUCAAGCUAAAUCGCUUCGGGCCCAGGGUUGCGUGUGCCUUCAUCCUCCAGCAAUACUGCAACGGCGGAGAUCUGCUCCGCUACGUCGUGGGUGAUCAGCCAAAGCAGGCCACGAAGGAGCAGCUCAAGGCCCAGAUUAGACGGAAAUCGAGAGGCGCUUCCGAGCGGCCCAAAGACCUCUUUUCCUCCCAGCGCCGCCUUUCGUUCGAGGAGAUCUAUUCCCUAUUCAAGGACAUCACUUGCGGUCUAGCUUACCUCCAUAGCGCAAACUACAUCCACCGUGAUCUGAAGCCCAGCAACUGCCUCCUGCACCACGAGGCCGGAAGGCUCACGUGUUUGAUCAGCGACUUCGGCGAAGUACAGCCUCGGAAUGCCAUUCGAAAGUCGACAGGGACAACGGGUACCAUUUCUUAUUGUGCGCCCGAGGUCUUAAAGAGAGACGCCGGGGGUCAGCUGGGCAACUUUACCACCAGAUCGGACGUGUUUUCGCUGGGCAUGAUCCUCUACUUCUUAUGCUUCGGUCGACUUCCUUACGUGAACGCAAAUACCGUCCAGGAAGAAUUGGAGGACAUAGAUCUACUACGAGUGGAAAUCACCGAGUGGAAAGGCUUCCAGGAUGAGAAGCGGGAAAGGCCUGAUCUUCCUUCGAAGCUAUACCAACUUCUUAAGAAAAUGCUGGCCCUGGACCCGGCCGAGCGGCCUAGUGCUGUCGAAGUCUUAAAUGUGAUGAAUCACGAGUCGUAUCAUGGGGGCUUACGAGGAGUACCGCGGAGCAAUCUGGACUCUCCGAUUCCCCCUGGCAGACCGUUACCCGAUCCUAUCAAACGUCGUAGCACCGUUAUCGAGCCAGAAGAAGACUUCACAUCGCCUAGCAUCGAGAGCUCGCCGUCCCCCAGCCACUCGUCCCAAACCGACCUUCAUGGGAGUCUCCAGAAAUUCCCCACGCCUAGUACGGCGCGUCAUCGCGCACAUGCUAUGGUACUAUCCCGAAGCCACGAAGGGUUCGCCCAUUCGUCUCCGGAACGCGGUCAAGCUACGGGAAUAGACCGCCCACCGCCGUCCCCAACCAUCAAUACGCCACUGCUCCUGGCACCACCCACCGGCCCGGGCGGGGCAGCCCAACAGCAAAUGACGGCUAUUCAACUUCGCCUAGCUCAUUUCGCUCACAGCCGCGCCGAUUCGAUAUCAUUUGUGCUCCGUUUGGUCCUAUUCCUAGUCAAGAUGGCAUUCCUCGUCAGGCCGUGUUGGCCAUUCACCGUCAGCCUCAGUGUCGGCAUUCCGUUGGUCGGCGUUGCAGGGUUUGAUUUGGGUAUGCCGCUCAACAGGGGCAUGCUCACACCCGGUCACGAUGGAAAUUCUCACACCCCAAAUCCUACCGACCGGUGGCCUUGGAGAUGGGACUGGAGAGGCAGUCUGGCCCUCCUCGCUGUUCAUUUUUUUGCCCUGUGGAUAUUUUCGCGCUGGGGCGUACUAUGUGUCACGUUUUGA